UGACAAGCGAAUGGACGUGACAAGUAGUAUGAAUCCUGGUAGAAUAUUUCUACUCUUCUAAAUAUUUUCUUUUCAGGUAUCGGUUCUACAGUAAAUUUUAAUCCUUACACAUCAUAAAAAAUCUUCGAAAGUGAACUAACCAGAAAAAAAUGAAUAAGAAACGACAGCGAGCAGAAAUCGGUGGAGACAAUGGAUUCGAAGAAUGGGGUGGUUAUAUGAAUGCGAAAAAAAGCAAAUUACAUGGACAAUUUUUAGAGCAAGCAAAGAAACAAGGUCAGGAGCAUAGUGACACGACUGAUAUCUUCAAAGGUGUAUCAGUUUUUGUAAAUGGUUACACAGUUCCAAGUGCUGAUGAAAUAAAGCGCAUUAUGAUGGUCAAUGGUGGUGUUUAUCACCACUAUUUCAGCACUCAACACACCACUCACAUCAUUGCCUCUAAUUUGCCUGAUGUCAAAAUAAAGCAGCUCAAGAAUCUUCACAUAAAUAUUGUUAAGCCAGAAUGGAUCACUGCUUGUCUCAACGCUAGUCUUCAAGUUGACUUUAGACCAUAUCUCUUGUACAGCCAUCAAUCAAAAACUCAACCAUCUAUACGUUCUUUUGCUGGUCCGGCAGCAUCAACUUCAACUUCAAAAGACCAUGAACUUCCCAUUGAACUUGGGGGCCAUGAUACUGUCCAGCAAGAUGAAGAUUCUGCUAUGCUUGAAAACAGUAAUUGUAAAGCUGAUGAUGCUGGUUAUGAUAGUGAAGAUCUCUUUGCAUCUCCUGAAGACAUUAGGGCAAAUAAAAGCACUGUGACAGAAUUGAGUGAAAGAGACCCUAAAGCAGAAUCAAGCGACAGUAGGGCAAAUAAAAGCACUGAGACAGAAUUGAGUGAAAGAGACCCUAAAGCAGAAACAAGCAAAUCAAACAACAAUGCCAGGUGUGCAACUGAUCCUAAUUUUUUGUCAGAGUUUUAUAAUAACUCGAGGCUGCAUCAUAUUUCUACAAUGGGUGCCAUGUUCAAACAGUUUGUAUUAGAGCUGCGCCAGAAGAAAUCUGAAUUCUCUGGACUGAAGCGUUUGAGAGACUGGAAGAAAACUAAUUCAUGCAGGAAACCCACCACAUUUGAAGAGGAGGAUGAUUUUGAAGACUGUUUGGAAGAUAAUAACUUUAAACCUGCAGCCUCAGUCAAUGGCAAGAUAAUUAUGCACAUAGACAUGGAUUGUUUUUUUGUGUCAGUUGGCCUUCGCAGAUAUCCUCAUUUAAAAGGGAAACCAGUUGCUGUCACACAUUCUAAAGGGAAUGGAGCAAUUGCUCACACUGGUUCUGAUAGAAAAUCUGAAUUUAAUCUGUACAAAGAAAGGUUGGAAUCGAAACUCAAAAAUAAAAGCAAUUUAGAUGAUGAUGGAGCACUUCAAGACAGGGUUGCAUGGAUGAAUGGCAUAGACGAAAAUGAUUCAAUGGCAGAAAUUGCAUCAUGCAGUUAUGAAGCACGCCAAAAGGGUCUAAAGAAUGGAAUGUUUGUUGGAGCUGCCCUCAAACUCUGUCCUGAUCUGAAGGUGAUUCCUUAUGACUUUGAUGGAUACAAUGAAGUAGCAAAAUCAUUAUACAAUACAGUAGCAAGUUACACAACUGAUAUUGAAGCUGUAAGUUGUGAUGAAAUGUUUGUUGACUGUACAGAAGUCUUACGAAAAACAGAAUGUACACCAAUUGAGUUUGGUGCAUUUUUAAGAAGAGAAAUAAAGGAAAAAACUCAGUGUACAGCAUCCACUGGCUUUGGAUCAAACCGUCUACUGGCUAGACUUGCUACUCGCAAAGCCAAACCUGAUGGAAUGUUUCACUUGGAGCCAUCAUUAGCAGUGGAGUUUAUGAAGGCAGUGGAAGUGAAGGAUCUCCCAGGUGUUGGCCGUACAAUGACAAGCCGGUUACAUUCAAAGGGUGUCUUUACUUGUGGAGACCUUCAAAAUCUACCAAAGGCUGAAGUAACCGAGCUAGGAGAUAAAACUGGAGCCCUCCUGUACAAGCUUUGCCGUGGGCAGGAUGAUAGACCUCUAAAUUUUGAACACCAACGAAAAUCAGUAUCAGCAGAGGUCAAUUAUGGAAUUCGCUUCAAAACUGAGAAGGAGGCAGAUGCAUUCAUCCAUCAGCUAUCAGGCGAGGUUCAAACACGACUAUCUGAAGCAAAAGUUAAAGGGUCUUGCAUCACUUUAAAACUACUGAUCAGGGCAAAGAAUGCUCCAACCGAAACCGCUAAAUUUAUGGGUCACGGUGUCUGUGAUAACAUCACAAGAUCUUCUACUCUUUCACGGCCUGUUUGUGAUGCUGACACCAUAGCAGGAGAGGUAUUACAAAUGAUGAAAAAAUUGAAUGUAAAUCCAUGCGAUUUGAGGGGGAUUGGUAUUCAAAUAUCACGCCUUGAGAGCUUAAUUAGUACCUCAUCAGGUGGUUUAGAUAAGUUUAUCCUCAAAAAUGUUUCAAAUCCUAUUUCAAAGUCACCACCAAAACUGACUGACCAACCAACCACUUCAAAAGAAAAUUCAACUUUGUCUAAAAUAUCACCUAGAAAAAGUAAAAUGUUGGCAGUCAAAGGUAUUGUAGGUAUAGACAAAUUUAUGAAGGCUAAGAAGAAGACAACACGCAAGGAUGAUGUUACAAAACUUCCUCCAGCAAAUGAUCUGGACCUGGAAGUUCUGGAGGCUUUGCCUGAUGACAUCCGAAAUGAAGUACUUGAGGCAUAUUCUUCUGAUACUAAGAAUGGUGUGAGCCAUGGUUCUAGUAGUUCUAUACACACUAACAAUGUUAAAGUUGGGAAGACCAGUGAGCUACAUGGGAACACCUCAUUGUGUGCAAACAUGGACGUUUCCUACUCUCAGGUGGACCCUACCUUUUUGGAAGCUCUGCCUAGUGAUAUGCGCAAAGAAUUGGAGAAUGACUUCAGGCUACGGAAAGAUCAAAAGGAAAAAGAGAAGAAACUAAAACUGAUUGCACAUCUUGACGAUGCAAAGCCUGGUCCAUCUCAUGCUUACGAGAUUCCGUAUUGUUAUAGAAAAAAGUCCAUUUUGGGAGCUUUUAUUUCAAAGUCAACAGAUGUUAAGAAUAUUAUAAGGGAGUGGGUGUCUUUUGAGACAGAACCACAACCAUGUGAUGUUCAUAUUUUAGAACACUAUUUAUGUGAUCUAGUUCAUGAAAAAAAUAUUGAUGAUCUUUUCAUCAUUUUCAAAUUUUUUAGAAGGUGUGUGUCAAUGCAGUCUAGCUCUGCUUGGAAGAGAAAAUUUCAUGAUAUUCUGCAUACUGUCCAAACAAACAUGCAGCACGUUUAUCAUUCUAACCUCCAGGUGGAAGAUUUUGAGGAAUCUAGCUAAAGUUUAUAAGAUCGUAACCUAGUUCAAAAUCAUUCAGCUAGUUGAAAACCAAAUAUUUUACAUAUUUAUACAACCCGUUACCACAAUGGAAUUUAUAAUUCAGUGUUAUGUUUUUUAACUUUUAUUGUUAUUGUUUUAUGCAAACCUUUUGUUCCAUAACAGUUGUGGGUCCUGUUGCACAGGUCCCCGUAAGUAGUUGUUGAAAUUUCUGUUAUUUGAAACGAUGAAUCCAUGUAAUAAAAUCAUGGUUGGGAAUGUGA